AAUACUAAGAACUGACGCAGGAUGACCACUGAAAAUGGUGAAAUUCGCCGUCCAACUAUUGCUGAUCGUGAGGAUGAAUAUCGUUCGCGUCGUCGAUUGCUGAUGAUUUCUCCAGCAAGAGUAGACCCGUUCGCUGACGGUAUGUAUACAAACAGCGUUUUUAUUGUUUAUCAGCAUUUAUCCUUAAGUUAUUACCCCAUCUAAGAACGAAUUUUUCUUUUUUGUAUAGCGAUGUGGUGUCCAGCGGGGCUUGUUUUUUGUGUAAGGUUAGGGCGUUUGGUAAGUGCAUAUGAUUAGGUGAUUUUUUAGUUCUUAUACAUUCUACGCAAUCCAAACUCUUUUACAGCAAUUUCGCAUCAUUCAACCUUGAAGCAAUCUCUUGGUUCGGAAACGAUGGCCCGGGAUAAACCCAUCACGUGCGUCAUUUUUUUAUGAUGUUAAAUUAUGUGUAUAGUUCUCUAAUGCCUAAUUUGUCUUUGCUUCUUUUUAUUUAUAUUUGUUUCUGCGCACCACUGACAAAUAAUUUGAUGAAUUGGCGUUUGUAGGCGAUCAAACACCGGAUCACCGUCUAUCAACGUACAAAGAUAUCAUGCUUAAUCAGCAACUCACCAAGGAACAACGAGCAUUACAAGCAGAGAUAGCCGAAAGAGGUAAGACGGGGACGCUACGAAUGGACUCAGAAGUUCCCGCAAAAAGACGUAGAUGGGAUCAGCCUACUACAGAUGUCAACGGGACUAAGAAUGACGCACCAACUCCUGCUGCUACUCCAUCAACUCCUUCGAAGCGUUGGGGGGAUGACGCACUCACUCCUUCACGUCCACCCUCUACACUUACAGGAGUCUCAACCCCUGGAAGUCGGUCACAGUGGGAUGACACUCCCGGGAGAGCGAAAGACCCUGGCGCAACCCCUGGACAAAGCGUUAGGCAAUGGUCAGAAACUCCCCACUUUGCAGCUACUCCAGGUCGAGAAACAGGAAGUUCUGCAUUUGGUGUAAGUAUUAAGACUGGUGAAUUUCAUACCGCUAACUAAUUCCCCGUGCUAAUACUUUUAAUUUUUUCCCGUUACAGGGGACACCUAGUGCUAGACGUAACCGUUGGGACGAAACUCCUCACACUGAAAGGUAUGGUGCCGAUACACCAGGUCACGGUGCUGGAUGGGCAGAAACCCCCAGAGCUGAUCGAACUCCUGGCGGUGUAGAGUCAAUUCAAGACACACCAUCUUCAAUGGUUUAUGGACCAGGUUCCACUCCAUCAAGCAUUGCUGCUGCAGCUGCACUUGCCGUUAAGCGCAGAUCUAGAUGGGACGAAACUCCAUUAAAAGCAGGUUCAACUCCAGGUGGUUUAACACCAUCUCAGACUCCGGGCAGCUUCACACCGUCAAGUGCUAUGGGUGGGAUAACGCCAGGAGCAACUCCUGGAGGCUUUAAUGCGGCCAGCGCUUUCACUCCUUCCGGAACUACUCCAACAGGUUUACGGGCUAUGGCUAUGGCUACACCAAAUUUCGGGUCUGCUGCCAUAACAAUACCAGGAGCAGGAAUCCCAAUGACUCCCGAACAGUUACAAGUAUAUGCUUGGCAGAAGGAGAUCGAUGAUCGAAACAGACCUCUAACUGAUGAGGAUUUAGAUGAGUUGUUGCCUCCAGGUACGUGUUGUUCGGUUUUAAUAAGUUAUUCACUGAAUUUCAACUAUCUCUUUCACCAAUCAUGUGUUAGUUUGAAAAUAUGAACUUAUUUGUUGUAGAUGAAACUUAUUAACUUACUGAAUCCAUCAUCUCUACCAUGCCAAGCGUAUUUAAGCAACAUAUAACAAGUUAUCAUAUUUCAGACAAAAAAUAAAAUGUGAGCUUUUAAAUAACUAACUGAUACUCUCACACUAUGUUGGGUUUUCUAACAUAAACCUUUAAUUGUUUAUCAUUGGUUAGACGACAGUCCAACGAUUGUUUCUGUCUCCAAACAUUCGCGGUGGCCUACACAUCCCUUAAUUCAUGUUCACUCAUCUCAUACUGUGCAUUCUUUGAUAAACAAUAGUAAACGGUUUAUGACAUGGUAUAAAAUAAGGUGGGUUCUGUCACCUCUACAUUUCUCAACACAUUUUGACUAGAUGGAAUUCUAAAGAUUGUGCGUGUCAUCAUAUGUCUCAGGAUAAAGGCUGUUAGCAUUCGUGCUGUUGUGUUUAUUGUAUUGGGUGUAAAUAAAAUCGCGUUUUUACCCCAACUUUCUCAUUACCUGUUGUCUUUUUAAGGAUUUUGUGAUUUGUUCGCAAUGUCAUCUUUUCGCUCUGUGCGUGGCAUAUUUGGUGGUGCUUCAUCAUAAAAAAAACAUUCCUCCCAAAUAAUUAUGCCAAGUAACGACGCCCUUUGUUAGUUGGCGGGUCAGUACUUAAAACAUCCCUACCAUUUUAUUUGGUGCACACUUACAAGUUCGUUUAUAUAUUUGACUUCCUCGAAUGACUGCAUUUAUUUUUACGCCAGUCACCUGCAAUUCCGAUAGAUCACGGAUUUGUAAUUUCUUUUUAUCGUAUAUUAAGUCAAGACCAAACCUACCUAGUCUGUCGGCUAUUAAUGUUAUUCGUUUCAGCGAAAUGUAUCAUUUCAGUUAGCUUCACGACCGGGGAUAGUCUCAUGUCUGCAUUUCAUGAAAAAUAAGUAGAUCUUUAUUGCUGUUAAUUAACCAACAUCAAUAAUAAUCACGUUGUCUUUUUCUGCUACAUUUGCACACAUAACUGUUGGGUAAACGAUUUUGUGUAUAAAAUUUAAUAUACUGAUUCACUUGUUUCCAGGUUAUAAGAUCAUGCCACCGCCCGCCGGUUACGUCCCAAUAAGGACUCCUGCUCAUCGACUGGUAGCAACACCAACUCCAAUGAUUGGAGGGACUCCAAUGGGCUUUAGAAUCGGCACACCUGAUAUUGGAACAACAGCUGGGUUUGGUAUGAAUGCAACUGGAGGUAAUGCUGCGGCUCUUGGUGACAUGCAACCGAAAGGAGCUAAUUUACCCAUGAUGAGACCUGAUGAUCUACAGUAUUUUGAUAAACUGCUACAAGAUGUCGAUGAGGACACUCUCCCACCCGAGGAGGCACGUGAAAGAAAGAUAAUGACAUUUUUACUCAAGAUAAAAAAUGGUACUCCUCCAAUGCGUAAGUCAGCCCUAAGGCAAAUCACUGAGAAAGCAAGGGAAUUUGGUGCAGGACCUCUGUUCAAACAAAUAUUACCCCUUCUGAUGUCUCCUACACUAGAAGAUCAAGAACGCCAUUUGUUAGUGAAGGUCAUCGAUCGUAUUUUGUAUAAACUGGACGAUCUUGUCCGCCCUUUUGUGCACAAAAUUUUGGUUGUUAUUGAACCUCUACUUAUUGAUGAAGAUUAUUACGCUCGUGUCGAGGGGCGUGAAAUAAUAUCUAAUCUCGCGAAAGCUGCCGGACUCGCUACUAUGAUUUCUACUAUGCGUCCCGAUAUUGAUAAUAUGGACGAAUAUGUGCGUAAUACAACUGCAAGAGCGUUUGCUGUCGUUGCAUCAGCUCUAGGAAUCCCUAGUUUGUUGCCAUUUUUAAAAGCCGUUUGCAAAUCUAAAAAAUCUUGGCAAGCUAGACAUACUGGUAUCAAGAUUGUUCAACAAAUAUCCAUCCUUAUGGGUUGUGCAAUUCUACCGCAUUUACGGUCUUUAGUGGAAAUUAUUGAGCACGGGUUAGUCGAUGAACAACAAAAAGUCCGCACCAUUACAGCAUUAGCUUUGGCCGCUCUUGCUGAAGCAGCCACUCCUUAUGGCAUAGAAUCAUUUGACUCAGUUUUGGAACCUUUGUGGCGCGGUAUAAGAACUCAUCGAGGCAAAGGUUUAGCCGCUUUCCUAAAAGCUAUUGGCUACCUCAUUCCCCUAAUGGAUGCAGAGUAUGCCAAUUAUUAUACCCGUGAAGUUAUGUUAAUUUUAAUCCGUGAGUUUCAGUCUCCUGAUGAAGAAAUGAAAAAAAUUGUUCUUAAAGUAGUCAAGCAGUGCUGUGCAACAGACGGUGUCGAACCUGAUUAUAUUAAGUCGGAAAUUCUACCACCGUUUUUCCGUAGCUUUUGGACACAGCGUAUGGCUCUAGAUCGGCGCAAUUACAGACAGCUGGUUGAUACAACUGUGGAAAUAGCAAAUAAAGUCGGUGCAGCUGAUAUCAUCUCUAGAAUUGUAGAUGACCUCAAAGAUGAGUCCGAACCUUAUCGUAAAAUGGUGAUGGAGACUAUCGAAAAAGUUAUGUCUGCACUAGGAAGCACAGAAGUUGAUGCUCGACUUGAAGAACAAUUAAUUGACGGUAUAUUAUAUGCUUUCCAGGAACAAAGUACCGAAGACGCUGUCAUGUUGAUUGGUUUUGGAACUAUUGUACAAUCACUUGGUAAACGUGUUAAGCCGUACUUGCCCCAAAUAUGUGGUACAAUCUUAUGGCGUCUUAAUAACAAAUCGGCUAAAGUUCGUCAGCAGGCAGCCGACCUUAUUAGUCGUAUCGCUGGUGUAAUGAAAGUGUGUCAAGAAGAAAAACUAAUGGGUCAUUUGGGUGUAGUUUUAUAUGAAUACCUUGGUGAAGAAUAUCCAGAAGUACUUGGAAGUAUUUUGGGUGCCCUUAAGGCUAUUGUAAAUGUAAUUGGUAUGACCAAAAUGACUCCUCCAAUUAAAGAACUUCUGCCAAGAUUGACACCAAUAUUGAAAAACAGGCAUGAAAAAGUAGAAGAAAACUGUAUCGAUCUUGUUGGACGAAUAGCAGACCGUGGGUCGGAAUAUGUCUCUUCUAGAGAAUGGAUGCGUAUUUGCUUUGAACUCUUGGAAUUAUUAAAAGCACAUAAAAAAUCAAUUCGACGAGCAACUGUCAACACUUUUGGUUAUAUUGCCAAAGCAAUCGGUCCACAUGAUGUUUUAGCGACUCUGUUAAAUAAUUUAAAGGUUCAAGAGCGUCAAAAUCGUGUUUGCACAACUGUUGCCAUUGCUAUUGUUGCAGAAACAUGUAGUCCAUUUACUGUUUUACCCGGUCUUAUGAAUGAAUAUAGGGUCCCUGAACUAAAUGUUCAAAAUGGUGUUUUAAAAUCACUGGCUUUCAUGUUCGAGUAUAUUGGUGAAAUGAGCAAAGACUACAUAUAUGCCGUAACUCCUCUGUUAGAAGAUGCACUAAUGGACCGUGAUCUUGUGCACAGACAAACUGCAAUGACUGCAGUAGCUCAUAUGGCUCUUGGUGUAUAUGGGUUUGGGUGUGAGGAUGCUCUUCUGCAUCUUUUGAACGUCGUUUGGCCUAAUGUCUUGGAAACUUCACCACAUGUCAUUCAGGCUUUCAUGUUUUGCAUUGAAGGUCUCCGUGUUGCACUUGGUCCUAACAAAGUACUUCAGUAUUGUCUUCAAGGCUUAUUCCAUCCUGCUAGGAAAGUGAGAGAUAUGAUGUGGAAAGUGUACAAUACUAUUUACAUUGGUAAUCAAGAUGGCUUAGUUUAUGGUUUCCCACGUAUUCCUGACGAACAAGAUCACACUUAUAUCCGUCAUGAAUUGUCUUAUAUUUUGUGAAAAUGUAUUUGUCAGUAUGAUCACAACCCUAUUUACUUCUUAUUUUCACUCCCAGACUUUUAUGUUUUGUUACUAUUGCAUUCUUGUCCUUCAAAUAAGUUCCUGAUAUCAGGAUCUAUUAACUCCUACGGUUUUACACAUAGUCAUGGUCUUGUAUUUAAACCAAUUUUUUUCGGAUUAAUAAAUCCGUUAAAUUGACUC